CCCCCCCCCCCCCCCGCUCUAAAAACGUCACAAAGCCGCCGAAAUGCGCCUCUUUUUAAACCAAUCAACCACAUGAGUGGAGUCUAAACCGACACUUCUCAUUCACAUCCACAUCAUCCCUCCUCAUUUUCUUUCUAAUACGCUGCAAUCAUCGUGCUGGUAAAAUAUGGAAAGUGAGGUUUUUAGCCCCCUGCUGGAGCACUUCAUGAUGUCACCUCUGGUCUGCUGGGUGAAGACAGUGGGGCAGCCCACGGUGACAGAUGGCAGCAAACUGUCAGAAUAUGUGCAAUUGAUGGAUGGAGUUUACCUCAAUGACGUCAUGCUGGAGAUCAAUCCCAAAGCUACGGUGCAGAGGACCAACAAGAAGGUGAACAACGACCCCACGCUGCGAAUCCAGAACCUUUCCAUUCUCAUCAGGCAGAUCAAAACCUACUAUCAGGAGACGCUCCAGCAGCUGGUGAUGAUGCCUCUACCCAAUGUGUUGGUCCUGGGUCGGAACCCUCUCACCGAGCGAGGGCUGGAAGAGAUGAAGAAACUCUUGCUGCUGCUGUUGGGCUGUGCUGUUCAGUGCGAGAAAAAGGAAGAUUACAUCGACCGCAUCCAGACUCUGGAUUUCGACACCAAAGCUGCCAUUGCGUCCCACAUACAAGAGGUGACUCACAACCAGGAGAAUGUGGUGGAUCUGCAGUGGCUGGAGAGCGGGGAGCUGCCGGCCGAGGACCUGGAGAACCUGUCCAGGAACCUGGCCUUUCAUCUCAAACACGUGGUGGACGACAGGGACAUGCAGCUGGAGACUAUCGUGGAGCUGACCCAAGAGAGGGACUGUGUUCAGCUGUCCCCGCUGGGUGCCGGUCCGGCCCAGUCGCCCAACGGCUCCCCCAGUAUGAGGAGGACGGAGAGCCGGCAGCACCUCUCCGUGGAGUUGGCUGAUGCCAAGGCCAAGAUCAGACGUCUACGCCAGGAAUUAGAAGAGAAGAGUGAGCAGCUUCUGGACACGCGGCAAGAGCUGGAAAACAUGGAGGUGGAGCUCAAGAGGAUUCAACAGGAGAGCUAUCAGCUUCUGUCGGACGCUCGCUCGGCCCGGGCGUACCGUGACGAGCUGGACGCCCUUCGGGAGAAAGCCAUCCGUGUGGACAAGUUGGAGAGCGAGCUGAGCCGCUACAAGGAGAGACUCCACGACAUCGAGUUCUACAAGGCCAGAGUGGAGGAGUUGAAGGAGGACAACCAGGUCCUGCUGGAGACCAAAACCAUGCUCGAGGAGCAACUGGACGCCAGCAGGAGCCGAUCUGACAAAAUGCACCUCCUGGAGAAGGAGAAUCUGCAGCUGAAAUCUAAAAUCCACGAUCUAGAGAUGGAGAGAGACUUGGAUCGCAAGCGAAUGGAGGAACUGUUGGAGGAAAAUCUGGUGCUGGAAAUGGCCCAGAAACAGAGCAUGGAUGAGUCGUUACACCUGGGCUGGGAGCUUGAACAACUGUCCAAAACACCAGAGCUGACUGAGGCCCCUCAGAAGUCCCUCGGCGAAGAGGUGAACGAGCUAACGUCGAGUCGCCUGCUGAAGCUGGAAAAGGACAACCAGACGCUGCUGAAGACUGUGGAGGAGCUCCGCGGAGGCACCGGUCCAGGCUCGGUGGCCAAACUGGGCAAAGUUAGCCAGGAGAACCAGAGACUCAACCAAAAACUGGAGCAUCUGGAAAGUGAACUGGCGACCGAGAGAGAGUCGUUCCGCAGCGCAGAGUCUUUGAGCACAGACCUGAUGAAGGAGAAGGCUUUGCUGGAGAAGACGCUGGAAACGCUGCGGGAAAACUCAGAAAGACAGCUGAAGGGUCUGGAGCAGGAGAACAAGCACCUGAGCCAGACGGUGUCAUCCCUGCGCCAGCGAAGCCAGGUCGGUGCCGAGGCUCGCGUCAAGGAUGUGGAGAAGGAAAACCGUAUCCUCCACGAUUCCAUCUGCGAGACCACGGGCAAGCUCAACAAGAUGGAGUUUGAGCGGAAACAGCUGAGAAAAGAACUGGAGGCCAUGAAGGAGAAAGGCGAGAGAGCGGAGGAAUUGGAGAUCCUGCUGCAGAAGCUGGAGAGGGACAACGAGAGUCUGCAGAAGAAGGUGGCCAGCCUGGGAAUUACCUGCGAGAAGGUGUCGGCAUUGGAGAAGGAGAACACUGACCUGGAGGUGGAGAGCCGGCGCCUCAAGAAGAAGCUCGACAGUCUAAAGAACAUGGCCUUCCAACUGGAGGCACUGGAGAAGGAGAACUCUCAGCUGGAGCAGGAGAACCUGGAGUUGCGGCGCUCGGCCGAAAGCUUCCGAUCGGCCGGGGCCAAGGCCGUGCAGCUGCAGGCAGAGAACAGGGAGCUAGAGAGCGAGAGGAGCCAACUGAAGCGCAGCCUGGAGCUCCUCAAGGCCACCACCAAGAAGACGGAGAGAUUAGAGGUGAGCUACCAGGGCCUGGAUACAGAGAACCAGCGCUUGCAGAAGGCGCUGGAGAACAGCAGCAAGAAGAUCCAUCAGCUGGAGGCUGAGCUGCAGGAGGUGGAAUCCGAGAACCAAACCCUCCAACGAAACCUGGAGGAGCUCAAGAUCUCCAGCAAGCGCCUAGAGCAGCUGGAGCAGGAGAACAAGACGCUUGAGCAAGAGAGCUCCCAGCUGGAAAAGGACAAGAAACUCCUGGAGAAAGAGAACAAGCGGCUGAGGCAGCAGGCAGAGAUCCGCGACUCCAAGCUGGAUGACAGCAACCAGCGCAUCUCCUCGCUGGAGAAGGAGAACCGCACCAUGGGCAAGGAGAUGAUCUUCUUCCGGGACUCAUGCACGCGGAUCAAAGACCUGGAGAGGGAGAACAAGGAGCUUGUCAAACAAGGCACCAUCGAUAAGAGGACCCUCAUCACGCUCAGAGAGGAGCUGGUCAGCGAGAAGCUGCGCACGCAACAGAUUAACAAUGACCUUGAAAAACUGACGCACGAGCUAGAGAAGAUGGGCCUGAACAAGGAAAGGCUGCUCCUCGACGAGGACUCAGACGACAGGUUUAAGCUCCUGGAAAGCAAGCUGGAGUCAACGCUGAAGUCCUCGUUGGAGAUCAAAGAGGAGAAGAUCGCCGCCCUUGAGGCCAGACUGCAGGAGUCAUCCAACCUGAACCAGCAACUUCGCCAGGAACUCAAGACCGUGAAAAAGAACUACGAGGCCCUGCGUCAGCGGGAAGAGGAGGAGAGGAUGGUGCAGAGCUCACCCCCAAGAGGUGGGGAGGACGCCCAGGCGUUCAGCAAAUGGGAGAAGGAAAGCCACGAGGCCACCAGAGAGCUACUCAAGGUCAAAGACCGACUCAUUGAGGUGGAGAGGAACAAUGCCACGCUGCAGGCGGAGAAGGCGGCGCUGAGGAGCCAGCUCAAACAACUGGAGACCCAAAGCUCCAACCUGCAGGCUCAGAUCGUGGCCGUACAGAGACAGACCGCCUCUCUGCAGGAGAACAACACCACGCUGCAGACGCAGAACGCCAAGCUGCAGGUGGAGAACUCCACACUGAGCUCGCAGGCCGCCGCCCUGAUGGCGCAGAACGCUCAGCUGCAGGGCCAGCAGAGCAGCGUGGAGGGCGAGCGCGAGGGGGCUUUGCGGGAGAAGGAGGAACUCAGGUCCACCUACGAACUGCUCCUCCGCGACCACGAGAAGCUGGCGGCCCUCCACGAGAGGCAAGCGUCCGAGUACGAGACGCUCAUCGGCAAGCACGGCGGCCUGAAGAGCUCCCACAAGAGUCUGGAGCAGCAGCACCGCGACCUGGAGGACAAGUACAAGCAGCUCCUGCAGCGGAAAGGAGAUCUGGAGGACCUGGAGAAGAACCUGAAGGAGCAGCAAGAGAAAAUGUCCUCGGAGAACCAAGGUCACCGAGCCACGGCCGAUCAGUGCAAACUGCUCAAAGAGGAAAAUGACAGAUUGAACACAACGUACCGCCAGCUACAGAAAGACAACGAGAACCUCCAGGUGGACCACAAGAACAUCAAGAGUCAGCUGAACGGUGCCAAGCUGGAGCAGACCAGGCUGGAGGCCGAGUUCUCCAAGCUGAAGGAGCAGUACCAGCAGCUAGACAUCACCUCCACCAAACUCACCAACCAGUGCGAGCUGUUGAGUCAGCUGAAGGGUAACCUGGAGGAGGAGAACCGUCACCUACUGGACCAGAUCCAGACGCUGAUGCUGCAGAACCGCACGCUGCUGGAGCAGACCAUGGAGAGCAAAGACCUGUUCCACGUUGAGCAGAGGCAAUACAUCGACAAGCUGAAUGAGCUGAGGAGGCAGAAAGAGAAGCUGGAGGAGAAGAUCAUGGACCAGUACAAGUUCUAUGAUCCUUCGCCUCCACGCAGGCGCAGCAACUGGAUCACACUAAAAAUGAAGAAGCUGAUCAAGCCCAAAAGCCGGGAGAGGAUGCGCUCCCUCACGCUGACGCCGUCCCGCUCAGACUGCGGCGACGGCUUCCUGUCCUUCCCCGCCGACAGCCAGGACAGCUCUUCGGUCGGCUCGGGGUCCAACUCGCUGGACGACACGCUCACGCACAAGAGGAGCAGCAGGAGGAGAGGGCAACGGUGCCUUGCCCAAGGGCAGGGCUCCACCAAUGGUAUGCUGCGGACAGAGAGGGUGGGCGGGGUUUGCGAGCCGCCCCUCACCUCUCUCAGGGCAUGUUUUCCUUUAAAAAGGUUGCCUUUCAUGAGGAACAGAUCCAAGGACAAAGACAAGGCCAAGGCCAUCUACCGGCGCUCCAUGUCCAUGAACGACCUGCUUCAGACCAUGACGGUGGCCGGGGGUCCGGGGGCCGACUGGGCGGGCAGCACGGAGAACCUGGACGGCAGCGAGGCGGGAGACGGGGGCGGCGAGCGGCGCGGCGGGGGUGGCGGCCAGCGCAUGAAGGAGCUGGCCUUCUCCACCAACGCCAUCGACUGCGCCGCCCUGACGCUGCCCUCCUCCGCCCAUAGGGGGCCCACCCACAGGCUCCACAUCAAAGACAACACUUCUUGCGAGGACGUCGCGGGCUCCUCGGACGACCCAAAGAGUCAAGCCUCCAGACCCUCCAGUCUCCAUAGCAACAGGACCACCAGUAGUAAUAGUAACAAUAACUCCCAGCUCACCUCUCCUCUGGAGGGAAAAGGCACGUUGAGCGGUAGCGCGAGUCGUCCUCACAGCGAGAGCAGCGGCGAGUUCAGCUUGAGUUUGGAGCAGGAGGCCUGGUCCAGCAACGGCAGCAGUCCCGUCCAGCAGCAGUCGUCGUCGCGCUCGUCCCACCGGAGCCCCGGGCCCACACGGCGCUCCCUCGAACCCCCGCCGGCCGCCACCCCCGGGUCCAUCAGGAAAACGGCGUCCCCGGGAAGCGAGGUGCUUUCGCUGCAGCAGUUCCUGGACGAGGGUAUCGACCCUGCCGAGUCGGGCAGUCAGGAAAACCUCACCGUGGACUCCCCCCGCCUCCCAGUUUCUUCUGAGCGCGUGCAGAAGGAUCGGCCCGCCGCCCGGGGCCGCGGUAUCCUGCGCUCGUCCAGCGGCAAAGCGGCAACCGUCUCCGCCGACCGCCCGCCCCGCUGCUCGGGACAACCGGGCCGCCCCAGCCUGCGGAAGGCGGAGAGCACCCGGGUGAGGGGCUCGGCCCGGCCCGGCCUGUCCGCCCAGGCCCGGGCCACGUCUGUAUCGGAGCGUCUGGACCGGGCGUCGGCCUCCGGGUCGGCGGCCACCCUGCCCCGCGCCAGUAGCGUCAUCUCCACGGCCGAGGGCAGCUCGCGGCGCACCAGCAUCCACGACAUGCUCUCCAAGGACAGCCGGCAGCCCGUGUCCGUCGACGGGGUCCGAGCCCCGCCCGCACCCAAUGUGGAGGGCAGAAAGUCAGAAAGCAGAAGUGGCGAGUGCUAAGCCCCACGCGUGGUGGUCUUGGAGGUCUGAAGCCUGGUAGACAGACGGCGUAUGUACCGUGAGGAAAACGAUUGUAAAAUCCCACCAUUUUGCUGAGUUCUCUCCCAACCUUUCUGUAGAGACAAUGGCGUCCCUCUGUUUUGUUUUUCUUCCUUGAAUCAAGGAAACGGAUGAAGAUACACCCGUUUCCCCCCCCCCCCCCCCCCCCUUUUUUUUUAUUUUUAUUUUGUUCUUAUACCGUGUCCUCCUCCGCUGUGAUGUGCACUGCUCUUUGUAAAGUUGACAAUUCAAGUGCCAAAUCACAGACCCCCACCCCACCCCAAAAAAAACAAAAAAACAAAAAAAAAAACAAUAAAACAAAACCAACCUGGAUGAUUCCUUUAGGAUCUUCUGUGAACUUGAAUCAAGGAUGACAGCAUGUACACGCGUGUUCCAUACAUUCAGCAUGUGGACUUACAUGUUUCCAAAGUGCGCACGGUGGAGCAAUCAGCGGACCAAUCGGAAUGCUUCCUGUCCUGUUGGGAUUGGUAAAUGCCAUGAGAGUACUGUAUAUGUGUGCAGUGGAUAUCAAAAGUCUACGCACCCCUGGUCAAAUGCCAGGUUUUUGUGCUAUAAAAAAAUGAGACAGAGAGAACUCACUUCAAAACAUUUCCCACCAUCUGUGUGGCCUAUAACCAGCAAAAAAUAAACUGAGGUAAUGCGGUUGCACAAGUGUGCACACCCUCCUAUAACGGUGUGUCUGUGUUGGGAAUUAACCGCUCACAUUUGAACUUGUGUAGAAUGCGAGUCAGCACACACCUGCCACAAUUUAAAGUGCCUCUGAUUAACCCCAAGUUCAGAUGAUGGUAAGCUUUUCUUGCCAUUUCUAGUGGAAAAAUGUUUUGUGCGCGAACAUUUUUUUUUUCUUUUUUUUUUUUUUUUUUUUUUAAACAUUACAAAUGCCUGCCAUUUGAAUAAGGGUGUGUAGAGCUUUUCUAGCCACUGUGUGUGAGGGAUGCUUCCACAAUAAUGUACCAUCUUAAUUAUCACUACAUUAUUCCUAUAACGCGUUUGUCAUCUUGCACUCUGGAAGACCUUAAAAGCACACACAUGCUGUAUACAGUACAUAACACACGCUUCCUGUGAACCAGGUGCAUUAUUGUUGCUAUGGCGAUGUUUCCCUCCUUUACCACUUUUACAUAA